UGUUGUCGGGCUCACGUGUACAACAGUUAGUACAUAUGCCUGCAAAGUUACAUGUAUGUGAGAGUAGUCUGCUCACGAUUAUUUUGUAAAUACCAUGGGUAGAAAAUCCAGAAAGGCACACAGAGGUAAAAAGAUGACAUUGGUAAAACGUAGUGAAAAGAAGGCGAAGAUGGGCGAUCCGAAAACGAAUGGUAACCAUGGGGAUGGACCAAGUCAAACCAAAAAACAAAAGAUUGAAAGUAAGAAAAUGAAUACUGAAGACAAUGCUCACGUUUUCACUGUUGAAAUGUUUCCAAAAAGUAUAAAAGACAAAAGAUCAAAAGACAAAGAACGAGUACAUUUAUCAGAUAUGGAAUAUAAAAUGAGUAAAGAAGGAAGGGGAGCAGAAAAGAAGUUAUCAGAGUCUGUCAGAAGAGGUGUUAGCUUAGAGCGUAGUGAGAAAAGGAAAAAGAGAAGAAUUGACAAUGAAGAUGGAUCUCAGUUAAUGAGCAGUAGCAAUGAUGAGAAAGGAGAUACAUUCAUUGAAACAUCACUUGAAAAGCACUCUAGGACAGAUAUACAUGUACACAGUGUAAAUGUUGAUUCCAUGCCAUGGAAACAAGAUGAAACGAAAAGAGGAGAAAUAAACCUGAGUGGUCUGAAGUUUUUUAGUACAGGAAUUUCAACUGAGUGCCUUGCAGUCAUGCAGGACCCGUCUGAAAUGCACUUUCAUGGUAAAGUGUCUAUGCAGGUCGUUUCUGGUUCAAUAAGUGUGCUAGGACAUUGCAUAUCAGCUGGCAGCAAAGAGUUCUCACUAUACUCACCAUAUUGUACAUCAGCUAUGUCAGUUAAAACUACGAAGACUUUUACCAAUGACGGCUUUUCUGACAGCAAGUUGAGGAAAACAUUAGAAGAUAUUUUAGUACAUGCCGACUCUAAUACAUUGAGCAAUGUGUUAAAGAAAAUGACUUCACAUACAGUAGUUAUACUAUUUAAAAAAUUAGUAUGUCCUGCAACAAAUUAUGUCACCAGUUUUGACUUCUACAAUGAACUAUUCACAAGACCCAUCUCUGAGGUAGAUUAUAAUAAAGAAUUCGAUGUAGCAUCAUCUAUUGGUUUGCAUGUGGUGACAGAUCCAGGAAAACCAUUGUUUUAUUUACAGUCUGAAUUGAAAGACAUUACAAGAACUCUUCUCAAGUCAACAGUGACUCGCCCAGUAGUGCUAGUUUGUGGUGGAAAAAAUGUUGGUAAAUCUACAUACUGUCGGUAUCUCAUUAACUCCUUCCUAAACAAAGAAAACAGCAUUGACUACCUGGAAUGUGAUGUAGGACAAACUGAAUUCACUCCCUCAUCGAUUAUUUCUCUCACAGAAGUCAAAGAACCAUUACUUGGACCUCCCUUUACGCAUUUGAGAGAACCCACCAUAAUGAGUUUUUUUGGGGACUUGUCUCCUAAAGACGAUCCUGAGAGAUAUAUACAUACAGUUAGAUAUGUUUAUAAUCAAUGCAAGAAAUCACAGCGACCAGUGGUGGUUAAUACAAUGGGAUGGAAUAAAGCAAUGGGUUUGUCCUUAUUACUGGAUGUUAUCAGAGUAAUCAAGCCAACACAUAUUAUACAAUUUGAUACAAAUGUGACAUCGAAAAAUUUACCACUCUUGAAUGAUGAAUAUUUAAAUGAUAAUGAAGGCUGGUGUAUCCCGAUGACUGCUGAAGAUGAUGCAGCAGAAUUACUGGUUGCCAAGUGCUAA